CCGGAUAGAUCAUAAACAGUUUGGUUUUUGUGUCCGCACCAAGUAGUGGCUUUGUUACCAGCAAGUUUUGCCUGGAUCUUGUAUCCGAAGCAUAUCGGACUCCCAUUCUUCUUCUAAGUUUAUAGGGUGCAACGUGAUUGCGAAAUUCGGAUAAGAGGAUCCAGGAAAGAGCGAGUUCCGACGAGUUCGAGUGGUGCAGGGCGGCGAGGAUAAUUAGUGAGCUUACUAGAUAGGAGAAAAGUCAUGAAACACUUCUGGCUGUUGGGCCUGGUGGCCCUCGUUCUGCUGGUGUCAUUCGCAUCAGCACACAAGAAGGAGGAAGGAUUCGAAGAGAGCGGUGGAAGUGAACAAGGGGAAGAACAUCACGGAAAGAAAGGCGAAAAGGAAGACAAAGGAUACAAAUCGAAACACGGCGUGGAGAAGAAGGAAAAGGGUGAUCACGGCAAGGAGGAACACGAAUCGCACUACGGUGAAGAGGGUGGUCACAAGAAGGAAAGUCACGACGAAGGCGAUGAGUACAAAAAGCACCACGAGGAGAAGAAGGGAUCCAAGCAUGGAAAGCACGGCCACAAGAAGGGUCACAAAAAGGGUUCGAAAACUACCGGUUAUCACAAGAAGUCACACAAAGAUGAUUACCACAAGGAACACAAAUUCUACGACGAUCACCACAAGGAAGGUAAGCACAAGAAGUUUGGAGACUUUAACGAACAUCACUCGAAGAAAGCCGAAGAUCACAAAAAGGGAGAAGAUCAUGAUUCGGCGCACAAGGAAGAUCACUAUUCCAAGAAGGGUCACACGGAUAAGGGCCACCACGAUGAGGACCACAAGGGCUGGAAGAAGAAGCACGGCCAUGAAUCCCACUACUCCCACAAGGACGAUUAUGGAAAGAAGGGUGGCAAAAGUGGUGGCAGUGAGAAUGGAUUCAAGAAGGGUGGUCACCAUUGAUGGGAGAGCGGUGAUCGGUAUGCUUUGGCUGUUAGAUAAAUUGUAUCGAAUGAAAAUGUAUAGUUUAUAACGUAGUCUGAUUGUCAAUUGCUUAUUUUGUAUACGGUUUUAAAUUACAAUCGUAAUAUAUUCUUGUUUUAAAAUUUUA